AAGUUUGCCGUGAUCAAGUUAGAUUUGGACGAUGACAGGGCCAAGCAGAAGGCUCUGAAAACGGUCUCAGCACUUACAGGGAUAGAUUUCAUCUCUAUGGACAUGAAGCAGAAGAAGUUGACUGUAAUGGGAACAGUUGAUCCGAUCUCUGUGGUAAGCAAACUUCGCAAAUACUGGUCAACAGAUCUAGUCUUAGUAGGACCAGUUAAGGAGCCUGAGAAGAAAGAGGAGCCUAAGAAAGAAGAGCCCAAGAAGGAGGGAGAAAAGAAAGAAGAGCCAAAGAAGGAGGAGGGAAAGAAAGAAGAGGACAAGAAGGAGGAAGGAAAGAAAGAUGAGAAGAAGGAGGACGGAAAGAAAGAAGAGGAGAAGAAGGAGGACGGAAAGAAAGAAGAGGAGAAAAAGAAAGAGGCGGCCCCAGCCCCAGCACCACUUCCACCACCAGUCAUAGUCCCAGACCCUGCAUAUUUAGGGGGGGGUGGUUAUAAUAGGCCAUAUUACCCACUGAUGGCAUAUAAUCCCCAAAUGGCAUAUAAUACCCACAUGGCAAAUCAUCCCCACAUGGCAUAUCAUUCCCCCAUGGCCAGCUACCCUGUCCAAAGCAUGGAAGACAAUCCCAGUACUUGUAUCAUUUUGUGAUCAGCAAGCUGUCCAAAAGGUGAGGGAAAUACAUAAGCUUUCGUAAUUCGAUGCUGGAUCCAAGUCUUUGAUGCCUAUAGUAGGCUACAGCCAGGAUGAUAGGAGCUCUUGUAUAUAAUUAUAUGAUCAUCUCUUGCAUAGUUUGAAACUAGUCGUGUGUAGAGAAAAAGGAAUAAAAUUUGGGGGACGUCGUUGGGACACAAAUGUAAUCAAUAGUCCCAUACCAAUUACCUGUAAUAGUGACUAGAUCGUGUCAUUACCUACCGAAGUAAUCAGUUAAUUUUGUUUGUGGAUGCUCAGGACAUCCUGGAAAUAGUAGAGAUCAGUGUUAAGCAUGUGACAUA